AUGAGCUGGUUUGAUACGACAGGCAUAGCCAAUUUGGCGAAAAAUGCACUAAAAGAGGCACAGAAACAGAUUGAUAAAGCGCUCGAUAUCAAGGAUGAAGAAGACACUGCGAGCCUUCAUGGUACAAGCGCCCCGGAUGAAAAUAGUGACCAUGAAAUGGUAGGAAACAGCUCUGCCCAGUCCGAUGUGGCUACCAGUUCUUUGGCAGUAAACCUGCCUAACACGCUAAGUGCGUCCGUUGAGACAACCGAUGGUUCGUUCUUUGAUCAACCGAUACAAAACUCCAGCACCGUUACCAAACCACCAUCCAGCUUGAAGUGUAGAAGCUUGGAAGAUCCAAAAAACGCAAACAUGUUAAGUUCACCGACAACCGAAAUAGAUAGCUCAGAGUCAAUAGAAGUGCUAACGCCCGUUACUAACUCUGGUUCAGCCCUCACCUCGCCUAGUCGGCGAUCGUCCGGUGGUGUUACGAUGCACGAAGAUGAAGAAUCCGAAUCGAUUGAAGUGAUUGGUUCCGUUGGAAUGUCACCAAUUGCUACGCCGGAAUCGAUAAGCAUAACCGACCAUACGCAGCCGGAGCAGCCGAGCAAUGUAUUACCAAAUCUACGCGAGAAAGAGGAGGAUGAAGUAAGCGUGGAGGACGAUUCCAUUUCCAACACACUAUCGGAACAAACGAUCACGGUUCUGGAAACUGAUGCAAAUUUGCUACCUAUUACGGUGGCACCGGGUCGUAGCAGGCACCAGUUUACCAUUUCCAAUGCUCUUCCCGUAAAUGUUGUUAGUGUUGAAUGUAAGACGCUGUCUAGAGCAGGUGAAAAGUGUAACGAUACUGAAUCCGAGCCACCAAUUUCGCUUUCCAAUAGCAAUUCGGAAGCAAACCCCGUCACAGAAGGCCACCGCUAUACAUCACCGGAAGAUGAAUUGCAUUUAAAACAAUUACCCAAACCAGAACAUGGUUUAGAUCAAAGCUACGAGAGUCUAGAUUCACAGACACAAAUAUCUGAUAUGGCACACAGCUUUGAGGAAAUUCGAUCCGGAAGCAAUGACAUGGAAAGUCAACCAUCGACAGUUACUUCGACAGUGCAAAAUUCAGAACAAUUUUCGGAUGCGGUAUUAGAAUCGCCGGAUGGUCCAGGAUGUAGUCAAAGUUUGUUUCAAAGUUUGGGAGACGAUGAGAUCGAAACAACUACUUCGUCUGACAUAGAGAUCAUCUCCAGUCCGAAUGGGGAUUCCAGCAGCACCCACAGUGGAGCCUACCGCACUAGCCCACUGAAGAUAAGCGAUGGAAAGGGUGAAAAUUUUGACAUGCUUCUGAUCAAAAAACGGCGUGGCCACACGCGCGAACCAUCGGAAAUUUCCAUGAACAGUGGCAAUAGUGACGAUUCGGGACAUUUGCCUGAAACGGAACGAUUGAUGCGACGGCUAGUAGAGGUCUCAGAAACGCUUGAACAGCGCGAAUACCGACUGGUGGAACUGGGAAGACAAAACGCAGAACUAACCGAACAAAACUUUCAGCUGACAGCCCAACUGGAAAGUAAGGCGAAACGCGACGGAUCAUCCGACCCGGAUGGAUAUAUGCAACGCUUAUCUGCGUUGGAGCGCAAAUUUCAACAAUCCAUUCGCGAGAAAGAAAAUCUAAAGUCCAAACUGGAAACGCUCCGAGCGGAAGCUAAGGAAAAGGUUGCCAAAAGCGAAAUGGAUAAAGCACUGGUCGAGCGGGACUUUAUGAUCAACGAGCUACAAAAGGAAGGCGAAAGUCUGUCGAAACAAGUACUGCAACAUUCAAACAUUAUCAAGAAAUUGCGCGCAAAGGAAAAGGAAAGUGACGCACUGAUACGCCGACAGUGUGACGAAAUCAACGAACUGACGCAAGAGACGGAACGGCUGAAGCGCUCACUGUCCGCAAAGGAUGAAGUGGAACGCUCACAGAUUGAUGCCGUGCACAAGCUGACAUCGGAAAAACGUAAACUAGAGCGUGAAUGUGCCAUCCUCACUGGGAAUUUAGAUGAUCAAACGCAAAAGUAUGAAAGUCUGCGCAAGUCGUUUGAAUGUGCCCGUAAGGAGCUUACGGAAAAGGUGGACCUUUGUCAAGAGUUGCAGCAUAGCUUGACUAAGCUACAAAACUGUGAAACCGAGUAUCUAUCCUUCCAAAGAACUAAUAAAACGCUGCUAGAGCAAAUGGAAGAGCUGCGCGAACAGUUGCGCCGUACCGAGCGCGAAAAUGAGCAUCGGUUGAUUCGCGCCAAGAACGAACACGUGGAACUGUUGCGCCGGCUAGAAGCGUCGGAAACGCGUGCCGAAGAGGAAAAGAAUGCAUCCGCCCUGCUGACGGUACCGUUGAUGAAGCAGCUUGAAUCGGUACAGUGCACUUUACGGCAUAAAGAACGAAUCUGGGAGCAACGGGACGCUUCCUUCACGCAGCAAUUGUCGGAAGCUUUAGAGCGCGUCAAGCUGAUCACUGAAAAGGAAGCAACGCAGCGGAACACAAUAGCCACCCUGCAGGAUCGCAUUAUGAGCCUCGAGGAGCGUUUAACCGAAACUCUUGUUCAAGCGGAAGAAGCGCUAGCGAGUUUGCAACAGAAAACCCUGGAAGCGGAAAUACUUGAACAAGAGUAUCGCAAAUGUUUGGCAGCAAAUGAAGCAAGGCAAGCGGUAUCAAUGGAAUGCUUGCAAAAGCAAGAACAUUCAGCUGAAGUUCAACAGGCAACGUCACCAUCAAAGAAGGAUAGUACGGAAAAAGUUAUAGCUGACGAGGCAGGAACGUUAGAGGAAGCCAGCGAUGUGAAGCUGCAGGUCGAUAUUAACCCCACGGUGCAGGCGGGAUUUGUCGCGCGACAUGCAGAGGAUGGUUCUCCUACUCCUAGCAUGGGCAAUUUAUCGCUACCAGACUCAUUGAACAGCAUUCCAUGGAAUACGGCAGAUGAUAACCUUGGAGGAACCUCGGCGGAAAGGAACGCCCCGCCCGCCGACAGUAUAGGCGAUGUCGGAUAUAAUCCAUCGAUAAUGUUCAACAACACAUCCCUGCUCGAGACGUUACAAUCCUCGCUAAAGCAGCGCGAUGGCGAGGUGUAUCAACUGCAAUGGGAGGUGUCACGGUUUCAACAAGAACGCAACGUGCUCAGUUCGGAAAUUUCAAAUCUCACCAUGGAGCUAGAUAAUGUACGGGAACGUUUCGAGCGGAGCAUUCGGCUAGAGGAGGAGCUGAAAGAUUUGCAGAAUCGGUACGAUGCGCUGCUGCAGAUGUACGGCGAAUCGGUAGAAAAAACGGAGGAGCUGCAGCUGGAUUUGGUCGACGUGAAAGAAAUGUAUAAAAUACAGAUAGACGAUCUGCUAAAGCGACAGCGUGAGCUUAUUGCUUCUAUGAACCAGCACCCUUCACUAGUGUCAUCACCUGGGAAUAGCCGUUAA